AUGUCCAUCGCCAAGACGGUCCUGCACAAGUUUGUUGGCUACCUGGAGGCGCAGGCCUCGGUACUGAUCUGGAAACCUCGGUGCUCCGAGACAAUCACGUGGGAACAUACCCAGGGUAUCUCUGCCAAGGACAAGACAUCCAAGUACACAGGCCCCCGAGGUGACUGGAGUCAAGGAUACGGUUACAUCACGCACGAUGGUUUCUGUCCGUGUGGCGCUUCGCUAGCCACACAUGAUGAAGGAAGGCGCCCUGGAGCGACCAAGGACCCACGCGCUGCUGACGAGCGGUUGUUGUAG